GAUUUUUUUGUACAAAAAUGCUUUUGAUGGUGUUGUCUUGAAAUUCCAGAUUUCGUAAGGAAAUUGAGGAAUAUAAUUUAAUUGUGCUAUGUCUAUAAAAUGUGUCAUGAGUUUGGAAACACAAGUUUGUAACGGGAAAUGUUAUGAAAAUUGAUUCAGUUACUUGAGCAUUUGGAAAUGUAGUUUUUGCAUGAGCUUACAAUAAAAUAAAAUAAUGAUGUUUAACAAAACUUUAAUCGUGCUGAUUUGUUCCCUAUUUUUGGUUGUAACAUCAACUCAUAUCAAGGGAGAGUUUUCUACGAAAGAUUUCUUCACGUUUCUCGUGAAGUUUGGCUUCCAGAAGACUGAUAUUCAUUACCCGAAAGAAACAUAUGGCUACAUUUUCGGCAACAUCACAUCCAAUGAGCGUUUUAAGUAUCCAAUAACUUUCGCAGUUUUAGAUGGAAGAAACUUUUUACAUUAUUAUAAAAGCCGACAUAUUACAAAUAAAGAGUUAGCUUGUCAGGAAAUGUUUGAAAAUUUAAACAGUUCUGCCUUUCAUCCAAAAUGUAACCCACAUGGCCAGGAUUUAUUUAGACGGAUACCCUGCCGUAAAGGUGAGCUGUGUAUUGAUGAAGAUACUCCUUGGAAUGUGAUAAAGAAGAACCAAUUCACAUAUGUUAUAGAGAACACUGGUCAACCUAGAUUUUGGUACAUUUCAAUGGUAGCAUGUUACCUCAACGAGACAACGUGUUCAUGGCAUCACUACAGUGGGGCACCAUUAAAAGACAAUCAAACAUUGACUAACAUACCACAAACCAUACAGUAUGAUUUCUGGUUGGUGAAUGGAAGUCCUAAUUUGUCCUUCUACAAUACUCUUCUCUAUCAGUUUUCAUUUGAUAGACAGAAUACAUUGGAAUUCUAUUUGGUUUUCUGGUUAUGCUAUGUCAUAUUGCUGCCAGUUCAAAUUUAUGCUGUCAGAAUCCAAAAGCAUCCAGUGACAAAGUUAUUCACCUUCAGUCUUGUCCUUGAGUUUAUUGCUUUGUGCUUCAACGUACUGCACACUAUGAAGUUUGCUGCUGAUGGAGAGGGUUUCCUUGACUUAUCAGUGGCUGGUGAUAUAUUUGAUAUAAUGAGUCGUACAUUGUUUAUGCUAUUGCUCUUAUUGUUGGCAAAAGGUUGGGCAGUUACCAGACUGGAACUUACUUAUAAGCCACUUGUAUUUGGUGUUUGGCUAGCAUAUGGCAUAGUGCACAUCCUUCUAUAUGUUUGGAACACUACUGAAGUAGACAUUAUAGAAGAGAUAGAUGAAUAUCAAACUUGGCCUGGCUGGUUAAUUCUUACUCUCCGGGUGGCCAUUAUGAUGUGGUUUGUAGUGGAACUACGUAAUACUAUGAUCUACGAACACAAUAUGCCGAAGCUGAACUUUCUCCUACAUUUCGGCGCAUCCAGCCUCGUGUGGUUUGUCUAUCUGCCAGUUAUUGCAUUGAUAGCUCUACAAAUUAGUCCACUGUGGAGGUUCAAGUUUUUAUUAGGUAUAACAUAUUCCGCUGAUUGUCUGGCGUUUUGCGUAAUGGCACAUCUACUAUGGCCGACGCGCUCAGAGCAGUACUUGCUGCUGGCUCCCUCUGACUAUACAGCAGGCAUAGAAGAGUUAGACGAGUUCAACGAAGCUCCCCACGUGGUACAUAGCGAUACAAUAGCACUCACUGCUGCUGAGAGCGUGAACGUCGAUGACGAAGAUGUUAUAUUCACGCGACCGGUGCAUAAGAAUGGCAUAGCUUUCUCAUAGCAAUGUCAGUGAAUUUCUAUUGAGUGAGUAGCAUGCCAGUGUAAGACAUUUCCGAUAAUUGAUUUUAGAACAUUAAAAUUUACAAGAUCGCUAAACAAUUAAUUUAAUGUGUGAACUUACCUUUAGACGGAAGUAGGGUAUGUCUAAAAGCGUUCUAAUAUGAUGGAUAUUGAUGUAAGGUCUGUAUGGAUGUGAGAUCUUUGUUUUUUAAAUAAAGUGUCAGCAGCAUAAUGAGUUGUAAAUACAGGUGUACUUAACUACUUUUUUAAUUUCCACAGCAUAUUAGAUUACUAAAAAAAUUACAAAUUUAAGCUCCUCAUAUUCAAUUCCAUUCAUUAUAACAUUAGAAAAAGAGGAUAUCAGAAACAGCAGUGCAGAACAUUUUAUUUACAAGAUAAAUUUAAAAAAUAAUUAUAAUAAUUUUGUUGAAAUUUUGUUUUUGUUACAUUAGGUAGUCUUAAAGAGUUGGGCAAUUUUCCAUUUUUUGGGGGUUGAGAUGAGACUAGCAUUUUCUAAAUUCAUCUUUUACUGGGAGCCAACAUGGAACUAAAACUAUCUAUCUGUUGUUUGAUAAAUUCUAAUUGUAAGUGUAUAUAAUUAGAUUAUAAUUUAGUUAUAUCUAUGCCC